UACGGGGUAACAAAGAUGUAUGGAAAGCUUGUUAUCUACCAUGAAGCGCUGUCGUUUUACACGGAUGCGCUCUUCAUGGCCAAAACCAGAGCGCAGAAGAUCGCUUUGCAUAGUAACAGAGCCGCUUGUUACUUGAAAUUGCACGAAUUCAAAAAGGCAGCUGAGGAAUGUACAUCUGUGCUUGAGCUUGAUCACAAGCACACUGGAGCAUUAAUGCUGGGGGCACAAACCCUAGUCGCCCUCAAGGAGUACCAUUCAGCACUAUUUGAUGUGAACAGGCUAAUGGAGUUAAAUCCAUCUUCAGAAGUUUAUCAAAAUCUUGAAGCUCGUUUGAGGACACAAUUGUCACUUCCUCCAAUACCUGAAUCUGAAGCUGAAUUGGAUGAAGAGCAAGAAGAUGAUGCUGUAAAAAAUAAAGACGGCAAAGAUUUACAAGAUGGAGCAGUUUCAAUAGAAGACAGCCAGAAUGUGAAGCCUGACAAUGCUAUGAUAAGUGCUGAAGUUAUAGUCCCUAGAGCCCCAAUCAUCAAGGAAUCUUUUAAACAAGGUAGAGACCAAAAACCUGAGCCUGAAAAGAUCAGUGUUACUAAAGUGGUUUCUCCUCAAGCACAGAAGACCAAGGAAUCAUCUGAACAAAAGUCCAAAGGAUGGCAAGCAAUCCCAAAACCGAAGGGGCACUCUGCUUUGGAUUAUGCACGGUGGGACAGAGUUGAAGAUGACUCUAGCGAUGAAGAUGACGACGACGAUGAUGAGGAAGAGUCUCAACCUCAAUAUCGCUUUCGUGUAAGAACUGUUGGUGUGCAACCAGUGAAGUAAAAUUGGAUUAUUUGCAAACCUGCUGAUAUAGGUGACAGGACUUAUGUCACUCAUUACCUGAAUGACUUUUAAAGAAGAAACCUGGAUAAAACUCUUUCGGAUAUGGGUAUCAAGUUGAAAUCUUUUGGGGAAGGGGAAAUAGUUGCUGACUUAUGUGGUAUAAUAAGUUGGUUUUUCAUGCGUUAUGUCUAGCGAAACUUCACUGCCAGACUACAGCUGUUGCCAGAAUGCUGCAUUUAUGAUGCUCUGUGCUACUAAACUAUGUCGACAGCAGACGCAACAUGGACACAGAUUGGCUACCUUGAGAAAAAUGUAGUUGCAAUGUUCGUGCCACUAUGACGUUGAAGCUCCCAUUAUUUCUCUGAUUGGGAACAGUACGACAAAAUUAAGUGAAGACUUCAGAUCUUCCGGUUAGCUGCCAUUGGAAUAACGAGUUCUAAGCUUCCAACGUUUCUUCUCUCACUAUGCAACUUCUAGACGGAUAAAUAAGGUUUGUGCUUGCCAUAUUUAUCAAUCCACUUGUAGCAUAACGACAACUGGAAGAACAAAGCUGCAGUAGCAGAUCCCCUUGUCAUAUUAGAGUAUUGGGAUAGGAAUAUGGUAGUACUGCUGAUGUCUGGUUUUCUAAAUGCAUGGUUAAACGUGAAAAGUUGUAUAGGCAGAGCGUACCAAUUUGUCUAACUAAAAUUUUAUGAACAUUGUAGGACUUGGAUGAAUUGAUUUCUAAAGCUCCAUUUGUUUGACAGAAAGCCCAAGAUUUAAACAUCUGGAAUUUGCUGUGUU